GUUCUUUUCAUAAUGAUAAGAAAAAAAAUAUCUCAUACAAAUCAAAAAAAAAUGUAAAUUAAUUCAAAUAAUAAUUUAAUAUUGGUUUGUGUGUCAGCCUCUACCACUUAAUAUCGUUAUUAUUGUUGAUACCUAUCUAUACAACUCGAUUCUGAGAACUGUUAUUUAUCAAUUCUCUAUAUCUAAUAAUUUUGAUUUCAAAGGUAUGUCUUAUAUUCAGUUUAUUUAUACUUUUAUUGUUAUUCUAAGUUCACCAAAAUGUAUUGUACAUAAAAUACAUAUAUAAUAACUUAUUAUUAUGGUAAUGGUUUAAGAGUUAAUCAAUGUGAUCUGAUAAAAAUUGUAUUUCUGUCAUAAAUGAAGUUUAGAGAUAAGGAAACAAACUCUUAAAAAAAUGAGACGACAAAGUGUAUGAUUUUUCUGCCACCAGAAGCGCGUCAUUCGAUUAGAGUACUGUUUUAUUUUGUCAUGCUUUUACAUUAUAUUUGAUUUAAUGAGGGUUAUGUACAUAUUUCAUUUAUUUUCAAAUUAAAACUACAUUUGGUAUCAAUAAACAACUUCCAUUCUCUGUGGCUAAAUAUUUUAAGGAACAAAAAAGAUUUUUCGGACUUUUUGUGAUUAAAAUAAUUUUCUGAUGGAAAACAUCAUGUGCAUUUUAAAACUACAAAAUCGAUAAUGUUGUAAUCGGUCAUUUUUCGUAAUUUAGUUAGGAUUGUCUUUGGCUUUUUUAAUUAAAUAAGAUUUAUUAUUAAAAAAAAUAGUAGAUUGGGAAAUAUACAUGGAACUGCUCCUCUUAAUAUAAGUAUAAUUCUUUUAAUUUUGACUGUUCCAUCAAAUACAGUAAUCUCGUCAAAAAAUAGAUCAUCAUUCUUUUCAAAAUGAAAUUUACACACAUGAUAUUUGACCACUUUGUGUGAGAGAAUUUUGUCUUUUCUAGGAAUAAUUUAAUUCCAUUUUGCAAGAAGCUCUGUAUUCUAAAUGAAAUAUGUAAAAAAUGUAUAAAUAAGAAAAUUUGAAUGUUUUAUGAUAUUGUACCACACAGAGUCUAAUAUGUAAUAUUCAAUUACUUGUAUCAGAAAAUUUAACAAAAUUUAAUCAAAAUUGUAUUAUACAUUAUUCUAAAUAUAUUACUUAAUUAUUGUAUAACAAUGUAAGGUUAAAUUGAUCAAGUUGGUAUGCUCAUAGUUAAAGUUUAUACUUUAGCGAUUUAAUUUUUUGUUGAAAAGCUUUACUAAUGGCAUAUGUACACAAAACUAAUAUCAUAGUUUAUUACCCAAUAUAAUAUUAAAAUUCAUUUUAGGUACACAGUUUGAUAUUAAUAUUUCUCAUAUUUUGAAGCUAAGGAUAAGUAAAAAAAAAAAAGCUGUUUUUUUUGGUUUAAUGGGAUGGUUGCAGUCACCGUUAUAGGUAAUUCAAUAUAUACCUAUAAGCAAUGAUAAGCUAAUAACGAAAAUAAAAUAUAUAUAUAUGACAUGUUAUUGUCAAAUAAUUAAAUAGGCAUAUAUUUUCAUUAAUAAUAUUUGUUUAAUAUUGUUACAAUUUUCCUAUGUUUUUCCCAGUUUUUAAGAUUUGCUGGGAAAAUUCUUAAGAAAAUAAAAAAAUUACCACCCUAAAGACUAUUUUUUAAAACUAUAAGCUUCUUUGUUCCACUCAGAAUCUAAAAUUUAUCUAUAGACACCAGCCACUUGUAUGAGUAUUUCAUACACUUUAUAUGACAUUUUAAUUUCACUGGGCGUUUUAUUGGACAAACCACUAAAAAAACCUAAAUUAAAAUAAAUAAUUGAAAUAUAAUUAACAUUUAAAAAAUAAAUACUUUAUAUUCAAAACUAAAAUUUAAUAAUAAUCACAAUCAUCAUUAUCAUCAUAUAUAUUUGAAACAGUUAAUUUAAAAAAAUAUUUUACAAAUCUCAGUAUUGAAAUAAUUAGAAUAAUUAAAUUUAUAUAUAUAUAUAUAUAUAUAUAAAGGUUAGACAUAAUAUUUUGAGAAAAUAUCAAUAUCUAUAAAAUAUUAAAGUUGAUGUAUUUUAAACGUAUGUGAGCUAUUUAUUUAUAUUCUUAAGUGAACGUCUUAGAGGAAAAUUAAAAAUCCAAAAAUAUGCUAAUGUAAUAUCAAAAAUAAUUCCAUAAGUAAACAGAUGCAUUUUCCAAAUAAAAAUAUUUUUACUAAAAUUACCUAAUAACACUUUCAUAAGCAGUGAGUUUUUUUUUAAGUCUCUUAAUAAGUUUUUUAAGAUUUGCAUUUUCAACUUGUUUUUCCUUAAAUUUGGACUUCACCAAGUCUAAAUGUUUCUUUAUGUUUUCCGGCGAACUAAAAUGACUUGGUGAUAAUUCUCCUAUUGUGUUGGCAUUUAUUUUGCGUCUGCGCUUUUGAAUAAUUGGACUUGGAUUAUCACAAAGGUCUAAAGGUUCAAUGUCUACAAUUGAAUAAUUUAGUUUAUACAAUUUAACCAAGAUGUUAAAAAUAAAUUAAAUUGUUAAUACAUACUUGUAGUUGUAGAAGCUAUAGAUUCUAUACAUAAGGUUUCUAUAGCAUUUUUACAAGGGCUGGAAGUACGAUAGUAAGUAUGGUCUGCUGGUUCAAUACCUAAAAUUUAGUAAUUUGUUUUAAUUUACAAAAUGUUACUGCUAUAAUAUGUUUGUAAAUAAUGUUGAAUAAAAAAUAUAUUGAUAAAUACCUGUUGUAUCUGUAGAAACUAUAGGCUUUACACCCAAGUUUGUUGCAGGACUUGUUGAGUUUGAAGAUUCAGUAUCUAAAAUAUAAUUUUAUUUGUUUUUUAACUUUGCUUAUUUUGUCAAUAAUCUGUUAGUUUUUACAGUAUAGAUAGAACAUGAGUAUGUAAAAAACCUAAAAUAAAUCAGUCAAAUUAUAAAUUGGAGGAAAAUUAUUUUUACUUAACAGUAUUUUAUCCAAUAUUUAUUUUUCUGAAAAUAUUACAGCCAACAGUAAAAAGAGAUGAUACUGGGGACGAGUGCGGCCACUAUUGUAGAUGUGUAAGGAAAAGGGAAGGUGGAAUACAUGAAGUUAUAUAAUUUAUAUCUGUAACCAAUAUUACACAUUAAUAAUGAAAAACGAUUCAGAGCGAAGUACGGUCAUACCAUAUACAUGUUCUAAAAGACCAUAAUAUUUAAGAUUUUCAUUAAAAUUUGAUUUUAACUCUUAUAAAUAAAAAAAAAAAUAGUUUAAUGUAGAAUUUUUUUUAUAAAAUUUAAAAUCAAGCUUCUACAUUAAACUAAUUUUUUUUGACCACUAAGUACAACUUGUAAUGAAUCUGCUAUCAAAUGUUCAAGCAUUUAUGGCAAGUUUAAUAAUUUAUCUACAGAAUACCUACCAAAUAGAAAUUAUGUAAACAACUAGCCAAAAUAAAAUGUCUAUAAAUAGUAGCUCAAGUAUUUCAAGUUUCAACGUAAAAUUUUAAUUGAAUUAUAUUACAAAAAACAAAAUUGAAAACAAUAAAAGAAUUAUAGUCUUCAAUUUUCCCAUUUUUUUUUUUUUAUAAAUAUUUUACGGUUUUACUAAAUUAUUUAAAAAAAAAAAUACAAAAGAAAAUCAAAAAACGACUUUCUUAGUCACCAACUAGAUUAAAAAUUAAACAAAAAAAUCUCUUGAUGUUUUUUUAGUAGAGCGAUAUUUAUGAUAGAAUAGUAGUCAUACAUUUAAAAUAAUGAAAUUAUGCAGCGAUUUGAAAAAAAUAAAAUAAAUAAUUCGUAAUUUUUGAUUUUUCCCAAUUCUUAUGGAAAAUACUUAAGAUAUCAACAAAAUGAUUUUCUGUGUCAAUGGCAGUAUUAAAAUGAACAAAAUUGAUUUCUUGUCAUUUUAGAUUCAAAAGGAACUAUUCUUUUUACCAAGGUUUUUUAAUUUUUGCUUUGUAAACAUGCUUCGAAGAAUAAGCUCAAGUUGUCUAAAUUGUACUUUAGAGAGAUCAAUUUUUGAUUUUCGACGCCAUUUUUUUUAAAUUAAAAGCAAUUAAGUGGGAAAAACGUAGGAAAACGUACAAUUUCACAAUUUCAUUAUUUUAUAAAAAGGAGGACGACGUUUUCUACCAGAAAAAAUGAUUUAAUCGAAAAAUCAAGAUACUUUUUUUGUUACCUUUUUGAUUUACUUUCUUACGGAAUCAUCGCCAAAACUUUUGAGCUUUUAAGGAAUUUUAAUGUUUGGGAAUUUGUUUGCUGUAAUUCGGUCAUAAAUACACGUAGAGACUUGAAACUUGGUUAUAAUACUUAUAUUGAACUUACCUAGUUAUGGUAAAAUUUCCAAAAUGAUCGGACAACUUUUUUUUUUAUUAAGAGUUUUGAAAUCAAAUUUAAACAAAAAUUGCAAAAAACCAGCACUUCAAUUUAUGUAUUACCGAACUGCGCUUGGAAUCGCCUUUAGUCAAGCAAUUUAUCGUUGCUUACAGAUAUAAAUAUAAUAACCUUAUGUAUCCAACCUUCCCAAAUUCUCACCUACAACAGUAGCCACUCCCACUCCCAUAUCAGCUCUUUUUUUUACUGGUAGAAAACUAAAGUAUAACACAAUGAAAACGGUAACACUGUGGCAUGCCGUUUUUUUAUUGAUCCACUAUUUGACUUAUAAUGAAUAUCCUAUCAAAUUUUCAAGAAUUUUUGUUGGGUCUAACAAUUUAUCUAUGAAUGAAUAUCAAAUAUAAAUUUGAUAACUAGAGAAUAUUACGUUUAAGAAAAGAUGCUUUCUAUACUUUGAAGCAAAAUCCCUGGUAGAAAAGUUGUCCAAACAUGAAAAAUAAAAAAAAAUACACUUUAUAGUAAAACCAAUAGAUCCCUUGCUACACUCCGAAUCUAAAAUCCAAACAAUUAAUGUGUUAUAAUGAAUACCAUUAUAGAUAAUUAUAAGGUGGAAACCGGUUGUGGCUAUUGUGAUUUUAUUUGUCAGAAUUAUAACAUACAAUUUUGAAAUUUUUAUUUGAAGACAUCAAAGUUCAAAGUUUUCUUAUUCACAUCUUAAACUAGCAAUAAAAAUGCAUUAAUAGUCUUUCAAAACUGUGAAAAAACAUUCUCUAAAGAAAAUUUUUUCUAUAUCGAUGGUAUUUUGUUAAAAGGGUGUCUAUCAAAUUUCACUUCUUUUUCAGAAAGCAAAAAAAAAACUGUUUUGCAAAUAACUAACAAAACAGUUUUUAAUGAUGUUUAUCAUGGAAAACAAUAAAAUUACUCGUAUAUGUAUCUUGUACACAAAGCAUACAUGCAUCAAUAUGAUAUACGUACUUCUAACAAUUUGGCAUUUAAUUAUAUUUUAAAAGGACAUCUAGAUAUCUUUUAGUUGAUAUUAUCAACUUAAUUUUCUGUAUUUAAAUAUGUUUUUUUACCACUUUAUUCUCUUAACUUUACUGAUUUUUUUGAUACCAAAAAAUGUAUUUUUCAAUUUUUUGUGGUACAGGCCCUUUUAACAAAACAUAAAUGAUAUAAUAAGAAAUUUACAAGUUGAUAACCAGUAGUUUUAGCUAAAAUAGGGUUGGUUGAAAUAUUUUUGGCUUUUUUUUUGAAAACCCUCUCCCAAAAUCAGAACAAUGAAUGGAUUCGGUAGCGUUGUGGAAUGAAAUAACAGGGAAUUAUGGAUUGAAGAAUCUAGGACAUACUUUAACAAACAAUUUAGACUGUAUGGAGUGGUAUAAAAGUAUGCAAAUUCAAUAAACGAGUUUAAUAUACAUAAUAAAAUAUAAUAAAUUGAUAAUAACCUUUACUUGCAGUUUCUAUGAAUGGAAUAGCAUUACUUUUUAGAUACCCACUUGGAAGAUAGUGUUCUGGCAAAAAAUGAUCCUUGCAUAUUUUGUGUGAUGGCAAGUGCAACCUCAUUUUACAAGCAUUUAACCACAAUUUUUUACGUACUUCAUCUUUAGGAAAGCUGAAAUAGAUUAAACAUCAAACAUGUAAUUCAAAUUUAAUAAUAUAAUUAUCCAGUAAGGUAAGGAGUAUUAUUAGAUUAUUUCUAGUGACAUUACAGUAGAAUUUGUAUACAACAUAGUAUCUGAUUUUUCAAAUUAAAAAUAAAAAUUACAUAUAGUAUAAUAAAGAUUUACCAUCAUACACGUUAUUAUGGGGUAGCAAGAGGUAGGAAUACUAGAAACUGCUACUCUGCUAUUUGUAUUGGGUUUGCAAAUUAAUAGCUCUGCCACCCUAUAAGUAAUUAGCAAAAAUGUAUAAUUUGCAUGCUUUUUUUUGGUAAUAUUAUCACAUUAUACUAUCAGCUAUAUAAUAUUGAAUUUAAAAAUAUAAAAACAUCACUCAAUGUAAAUACUUAAUAUGUAUAUAUAUUAAAUAUAUUACAACAUUUGUCUAUAUUUAUUUGAUAUAUUUCUAGCCAAUCUGACAAUCAAUUAACUAGGAUUUAUCAAUCCACCGAUAGCUCUCUCAUUUCAUUAGACCACAUAGACUGUAUAAGAAAAUUUAUAACUUGUAACAAGUGAAAUAGAUUAACAUUAUUUAUUUCAUGAAAAAGUUUCUCCAGAGACAAUAACCCAUAUGGAUACAAAAAAUGUGUAAAACAAACCAGUAUAUGGUUUCCACAAUGAAACAUUUAUGAAUUAGACUGAAAAGAUUACUACUCCAAAUAUCAUAACCAACAAUUCUAGGGUACCAAUUUUUGAAGUGGGCAUGAACCCCAACGAUGUCUUCAUUGAUAGUGAAUUUACUACUAAUUAAAGUUUAUUCCAUUAGACAGGCUUAAAAUAUAGUGAAUGAGUUACCUCCAUGGUCUACUAUUAACACCAAAAUGGUCCAACUUAACAAGGACCCUUAGGUUAGAAUUAUAAUGUGUUAUGUAAAUAUAAUAUAUUAAAUUGUUAAAAAGCAAAGUGUAAUAUGAUCUAUCCAUUUAUAUGUUAUUAUAAUCCUACACAAACAUGCUAAAUAAGAUUUAAAAUCUUCAAGAAGAUAAAAAUUCAUAUCUAAUUGUUUUUUUGCCAAUUGUAGCAACAAAAUAUCUAGUUAUAUUUUCUUGUAUGCAACAUCUCAACUGUAGACCAUUGUAAGUACCUACAUAAAUUAAAUAUGACUUAAAUUUAAAUCUUAAUUUGUAUUAUAUAUUUCUAUUAUUAAACCUCAUAAUGAACCUGUUUUUUCUAUUAAAAUGAAUUUAUCUUUUUUUUAUCUUCUGAAAACUGUAAAUUUAUUAUAUCGUUUGUAAAUAUGUGUUCAGCCUGUUUAUUUUUUAAAUUAUAAUAUACUUACGAAUGAAAUGAAUCAUCUGAACCUGAAGUAUACAAUUUAUUACACACAACACAUUUUCUUGGCAUUGUAAUUUGUAAUUAAGUUAUAUAAUGAGAAAUUAAAAUAAUUGUACAUUAUUUUACUUAAUGAAUUUGAAUGAUAGGUAAUUUGGUUAGGCCACAGCUUAAAUUCAACAAAUGAAGAUUCAAGAUACGAUAAUACGGCAUGUUAACAUUAUUAACUAGGCCCGGAUAAAAACUAAUGAUAACAUUUUACAUGGCAAGGAUUAUGCAACCCAUCAACCAAUUUACACAAACCAGUUAGUAGUGCUCUUAUUCCAGUCGUCUAUGUAGUAGUCAUUUGUAUCUUAAUAAUGUAUUAUUUAUACAGACACAUAGAUAAAUACGGUUAAGUUAGGAGACGGUAUAAGAUAUAUAUAUCUUAAAUCGUAAAUAUAGAUAAAACAUAUUAUGGCACUUGACCGCUAGAUAGCGCAACUAGAGCGGGCUCCACAUCCGGGGGGUAUAAUAUUAUUAUAAUUUAUAAGUAUACCAUACAUUGCUAGUGAUCAAUUGGAAAUCGAGAGGUAUCAUUAGCUGUAAUGCAUGUGUAAUAACAUUAUAAAAUUAUUUUAUUUUUUUUGACAUUUUAUUUGUUCAGUUGAUAAAAUAUGAUUUAUACAACAUCAUUUAAAUAUGAAAUUUUUAAAAGUGACUUUAUUGCAAAAUCUAUGGAAAACAUCAACGUGUCUAAUAAAUAAUAAACUAUUUAUUAUAUAGGUAUCUUAAUCCUUAUGUCUUAAUAAAUUAAAUAGAAAUAAUAUAGAAUUUAAACAUUAGAGAAAAAAAAAAUGCAUAAUUUGGACAUUCAGCAUUUGUAGAUGAACCAUUUUGGUUUGCUGAUACACUUCUGAAAUCUACUGUGAUGAAAAACAAACUUUUUUCUAAAAAUGUUAAAAUUAUUCUACUUAAGAUAUGGCAAAAAUAGCUUAUUAUUUAAUAAAUGCAAUGUAAAAUAGGUACGCAAAUAACUACACAUUGACGUCUUCCAUAGAUUUUACAUCGCAUAUAGAAAUAAUAUUAACAUUUUCAUAUUUAUAUGAUGCUGGAUGAAAUAUCAUAUUUUACUAAAUAAAUCAAAAUAAUAAUAAUUUGAAAACAUUGAAGAUUCAUAAUUUUAUAAUGUUAUUACGAAGGCAAUACAGCCAAUGAGAGCUUUCGAUUUCCAAUGGUCAUUAGUAAUGUUUGGUAGGCUUAUAUGCAACCGGAGAGUAGUCGCCAUUUUGCUACACCUAAAUGCCUAAUAAUCUAAGACCAUGUGGUAAAUAUAAUAUAUUGAAAUUAAUAUGUUUGUUUCAUAAUAUGAAACAAACAAAACAUGGUAACCAGAUUAAUCAGUAUAACCAUGCGAAAAAAAAUAUAAUUUUUAUCAAAAAUUAAUACUCAAUUAAUAAUAAUUUGAAUUGAACUGCUAAGUAUAAAAAGGAUAAUUAUAGCUAUUCCAAAAAUACAAAAAAAAAAAAGAACUAUUUUAUAGCUGAAAGGUAGACUAAUAUAAUUAGAUUAUAAAAUAUAAUAUUUCACUUUCUAAGAUUAGUUAUUGGGUAAUGUAUGCUGGAGAAACAAGUUUUUUUUAUUGAAAUUAAACUAGGAAAUUCAUUUUUUUUUUAAUUUUCUGAAAAUUAGGUGCUUAGGAAUAUUAUGUUUUCUCCACUUGGCUGUUAAAUUAUAAUAUUGGUUUUAACAUUUUUUUCUUUUUUUUUUUUGAGGGGGGUGAAGUGAAUAACAAUCAUUUAAGAUAAAUGGGUAUAACUUAAAUAAAUAAUUAAGUACCUAAGUAAAAACCUAUAUACAGUUGUGUCUAAGAAAUAGAUUGCCGACGCUAAUUGUUUUAUAUCAUCUGUAUACCUGUACCUAUGAGAGUUUUUGGUUUUUUACAUCAUAUGAGAUUUCACAAUAAUUAGUACAGAAGAUGAAAAAUGUUUUCACACAAGAGAUAAUUAUCAAUAAUAUUAUGUUUAGUCAAUUGAUUGCUCAAGCUUAAAAUUGUUUUUGUCAGCUUUAAGAGUUUUUUUUCAUAUUUUUCAAUUGUGCACAUAAUAACUUAGUCUUCUCGGUGAAAAGUAUCAGACUAAAUUUUAAGAAUUGCUAACCUUUUGAAGAACUUAAAUCAUAAUAAAGUAUUUUUAAUAAGUAUACAGUAAAUUAAUGAAAGACAAUUUUGUAAAAUUGUUAAAUUAAAUCUUACUAGGACUUAAAAAAACCAAUUAGAAAAUUAUGUUGAUGUUCCAGGAGAAAAAGUUUUAUCAAUACUAGCACGCAUUUCUAAAAAAAUGUAUUAUAUUUAAUAGUUAUUAAUAAAUGGAUGUCAAUAAAUUCAUACUAGUUCGUACAUACCUGGAAAUAGUGUAGAUAUAUCAUGUGAUUGAAUAUAUUUUUAGAUCAAUAGGAAAUAUAUUUUUCUCAAAAUAUUUACGACAUAAUUUCGAAGGUUUGAAUAGAAUAUCAAACCAAAUUCUAACCAAAUAGCAUGCCUAAAAAUGUUAAGGAAUAAUUAGUUAAUUUAAAUGGCAAAACUUGGUACUCGUUAAGUAUGCUACAUAUCUACAUUAAAAAUGCCUACCUGCAUUAUAUAUUAAUUUUCUUAAGUAUGCUACCUAUAAUAUAAAAUAAUUUUACAAAAAAUUAAUAGCACAAACUAAAUGUUUUUUUUUUGUACAGGUUUUACUUAACUUAGUAUCAUCAGUAUGGAAAAUUAUUUUGUUUUUUCGACCAAUGUGGACCCCACAUUUUUUAUGUACUCUUUCAUACACUAAAACUUACUUGUAGCAUAUUUAACUAUCAUAUACAGGGUGAUCAAUCUAUUGUAAGAUACUCAUUAUCUCAAAAACUUUUUCCAGAAUUUGUUUAUUACAAUAUUUAAGAAACAAGCUGUUCUACAAUUUUAUAUUUUAUUAUUUUUUUGUCACGACUACUUUUGGGGGUAAAGCCACUACCUACUUUUGAUUUUCAAAUGGCAACCUACAUUAAAAAUUCCAUACAUAGAUGGUAUAUUAGUUAAAAUAAAUUUUGGUGUUGAAAUUUUUGAUUUCUGUCAAUCCGUUGAUGAGAUAUUCCACUUUUAAGUUUGGGUUGGGAGAGAGUGGUGGAGUAUCAUUUGGGUGGCGGUUAGGUUUUAGAGUAUUAAUAAUGAGUAAUAAAAAGUGGAAUAUCUCAUCAACGGAUUGACAGAAAUUAAAAAUUUAAACACUAAAAUUUGUUUUAAAGAAUACUCCAUCUAUUUAUGAAAUUUUAAAUAUAGGGUGUCAUUUGAAAGUCAAAAAUAGGUGGUGAUUUUACUACUGAAAAUAAGGGUAACAAAAAGUAACAUAAAUAUAAAAUUGCAGAGCAGCUCUUUUCAUAUAUAUUCUAGAAAAUAAAUUAAGGAAAAAGAUAAUACUUACUGAGAUAAUGAGUCUUAUGAUAAAUUGAUUACCGUAAAGUGUAGGUGUUAUACUUAACAAGUACCACUGCAUUUUUUAAUGGAUUACAUAAAUAUAAUAUUAACUACUUACCUUAUGGAAAUUGAAAAAAAAACUAACAGUUUUCUUUAUGGUUUUCAUUUUUCCAUAAGCCUUUUCAAUAAAUUUGAAGGAAUAACCACUAUGUAUCGACAUUUUAUCAUAUUAUGUAGUAUAUAUAUAAUAUUAGAAAUUACCAAAAUGUAUAAUAAUUAUCCAAAUUGAAAACGAAAAUAUGAACUUCAAAAUCAAAUAGUCUAUAAAUUUUAAAACCAAAAAACAGUACUGAUAAUACUAUAUUGAUAAACUCCACUAACGAAAAAUGGCUGCCACGUUUUUAUUUACAUUAAAAAUGUAAAUAUUUUAUGUAUCAACUAAUUAUAUCACUAAGGAUUAUAUGAAUUCAUUGACCUUAUACCUUACUAAUAAAUGAAAUAAUAUUUAUAUACAUACACCGUAAUUGGAUUAUCAAGUAUUUCAAAUGGAAAAUAUCGGUUAGAAUUAUCAAUAUUAGUGGUUUUUAUAAGUUUAGUAUUUUGAAAAACAUUUUCUGAUGGAACAAUAUUAUCAUAAGGUAAUUUCCUCUUGCAUCCACUUCCACUAUAAACAAAAUAAUUAAAUAAAUAUUUAAAACAACUUAUAACAUAUAACUUACCUAACAUUAGUUUUAUUAGAUAAUUUAGCCUAGGACAAAAAUGGCACAGCUUUUCUUGAUAAAUAUCCAUUUUCAUAAAAACAGUCUUUUGCAAAAUGUUUAUCACAAAUUCUGUACGAUGGCAAAAUCUUUGAUACCACAUGCAUCCAACCAGACUUUUUUUAAAUACUCAUCUUUAGGAAAUUUGUUAACAUUAUGGUAAAAUUAUUUUUUUUUACUACACCAUUAACAGUUAACACAAACUAUUAUAAAUAAUUCUCCUACUUAUAUAAUUAAAUCUUGGAAUCUGCAGCUGCAUAACCAAUUUUGCAUACUUCACAUUUAUAGCCCAUACCAUAAUAUUUAAUAAUAAUAUAUUAUAUUAAUAAAAUCAUUUUUAGUAUAAAGAAAUGUAAUAAUUUCGUUCAAUAUUAAUAAAAGUUGUGCCCUCUCAAACUUAGCUCGGUAUGUGUGCGGUAACGAGCGUGUAGAGCACGAACUAAGAUGAUAUCUUAGUUUGUGGUCUAGAAACAGCACUUUUUUAUUACAAUCACACUAUUACAUAAAUUGCCUUAUCAAAGAAUUAUAACAGUCAAUGCAUUUAAAUUUAAUAAAUCAAUUAUAUAAUAUAUGAAUUUAAUUUUGAUAACCAUUUGCAUCAUUUAAUAUAAAAAAAAAAGACGUCCUAGGAUAUGGGAACGAGUGCAGCCACUGUUAUAGAUAAUUUAAUGCAUACCUAUAAGCAACAAUAGACCAUUGUUUACGAAAAAACGAUUCUGAGCGGAGUUUAGUUGAUUGUGAUACUUUGUCAACAAUAUAUUUGUCAUUUUAUAGUAAAAUAAUUAAGUGGUCUUUAUAUAUUAUCUUUAAUAAUAUUUGUUUCAUGUUGUACUGAUUUUCCUAGUUUUCCUACGUUUUUCCCGGUUUUCCCAUAUUAUAUCCUGGUUUUUCAAAUUUGAUGAGAAAACUUCUGAGAAAAUCGAAAAAUGAACUCUCUGAAGUACCUCUCUAGUGAAAUUUUCUUUUAGAAACAUUGCUAUAAUUAAAAGUUGGAGCGAAAUUGCUGGUAGAAAAGUUAUCAACGAGAAAAAACUUCAUAAUAUUAUACAAAUAUACUUCGUACGUUUUCCUGUUUCUUUUUCAGUUUUUCACAUUUAUUGAGAAAAUUUCGGAGAAAAUGGAAAAACGACUUCCCUAUAGGACUUCUACACACCGAUUUCUAUUCAGAAAAAGUGCUAUAUGUAGAAACCCGAGCAAGUCUUAUUAUAGAAAAGUUGCAAGUUGUGCACAAAUAAAAAAAAAUAAAUAUCUUUGUAAAACUAUAAGCUCCUUCGCUCCACUCAGAAUCUAAAACUAUACAAAUUUCUAUAAUCAACUGUACCAAUUUUAAUGAGCUUAAAUUUAAAAUUACUCAGUGUUAAAACAAAAUUAGUUUUCUUGAAUUGACUGUUUCAUCAAACGAGUACCUAAGAACUAUGACAUUUUAUUUGACAUAAUACAUUAUAAAUGCCUUCAAUUCAAUUCGCGUUAGGAGAAUGUCUAAAAUUUUAACACUAAAAAUACUUUUGAAUGUCCAAAUAAACAGUAUAGGAGUUGGGUUAAUGUUGGUACAGUCCUGUUGACGAAAUGAUUCAAACAAAUUUUUAAGAAAGUAUUAAUUUAUACGGUCUGUACAAAGAUCUUUAUUAUUGUUUACGUUAAUGAACUCCGCAGCAUUUUUAAACCACAUAUAGAUACCAAUCAACUGUUAGUUUUUAACAAGUUAAAACUGGUCGUGUCAUAUCAGAUCCACUUUAUUUAAACAUUUCAGUCAUUUUAUUUAGAUAAUCUGCUGUGAAUUAUUUUUGAAGGGUUUAUAAAAAAUUUUACUACUCGGUGUCUCAGAACUCAGAAGAAUUAAAUGUAUCAAAAAGUUUAUAGAUGAAAUUAAUGGUAGGUAUGGAAUUGUUUAGUAAAAUAAUGAGUUACAAUAUCGAAGACAUGCCUGCAGCAACAUUACUCUAUAAUUAAAAGCCAUGAGCAACCCGGCGCUAAUACUGUUAGUAGUGCGUUAUUUUUGGUAGUUCAUAUAGUUCAAAACUAUCCUGGGACAUCCGGAAGUAUAAAUAAAAGCGGUCUCCAGUUCACGACAUAAAUGAUGGUAUUCACUAUAAUAUUGUCUUUUGUUUUAUUUAUUUCAUGAACUCAAAUUCGCUUCCUUUUUUAGAUUGUAAGCUAACUCGAGGAAUGUAUUGUAGUAGUUUUACUAUGAUAUUUAUUUUUAUUUUUUUUUAUAUUGUGCACAAAAAUUCUACCAGAAAUAUUGCUCCGAUAUGUACCGAAAUUUUGAUAUGUAUUAAAAUUUCAAGUCUCUUUAAAAUUUUGAACAGAAUUACAACAAAAAAACAAAAUUUAAAAUAAUAAAUGUAUUAUUUUUAUACAUUUUCCAGUUUUUCUUAAGUUUUUUUUUUAAUUAUUAUAAAAACUGCUUCGAAAAUCAAAGAAUGAUCACUCUAAAGAACCAAAAAAAAAUGUCUUUCAGAAAAAAUACUACACUUGAUGAUACAUCGGAAUAAGAUUUUUGGUAAAAUUUAUAUGUACAAUAUAAAAAAAAGGACCGGCAAACUUCGCACGUGGGUGUAGCCACUGUUUUAGAUGGGAAGUUGGGAAGGUAGGCUACAGAUGGGAAUUUAAUGUACAUCUGUAAGCAAAGAUAAACCAUUGCUAACGAAAAACGAUUCUGAGCCGAGUCAAGUUGAUAAUGUUGCUUUGUUAACAAUACAAUAUAUGGUACUAUGUCAUAUUAUGGUAAAAUGAUUAAAACAUUGUGUGUUUCCAUGAUAACAAUAAUUGUAUAAAAAAGAUUAAAAUAAUAAAAACUUAAUAAUAACAAAAAAUAAAUAAAAACGGUUGCCAAUGGACAACCUUAAUUUUAAUCUUUCAAUCUUUUUUAACCUAAAGACCGAAUUUUUCCUCAUUAUUUCGAAUAUAAAUGAGAAUUUCAAAAAAUGAACUUUCUGAAGUACCACCUAGAGAAAAUUUUCUUUCGAAAAAGGUGCUAUACUUAAUAAUCGGAGUAUACUUUAUGGUAGAAAAAGUGUUCACAUAAAAAAAAUAAACAUUAUUUGUACAAUGAUGUUUAUAUUUUUGGUUUUACACCAAUACAUUCCUCGUUCCAUUCAGAAUUUAAAAUAAUAAUAAAAACAAUAAAUAUCAUUGUAAAACUAAUACGUCCAUCACUUUACUCAGAAUCUUUAGAUCAUAUACUAUGGAUGUAGUCAUUGCGUAUUAUUUUGUUGCCGAUAUUAGCGACGAGUCACCGAACUAGGUGUUCAAUGUGCGCAUGCGCGACGUAACUCGUCGCAUAAUAAUAAUAUUAUCAUAUUAUGAUAUAAGGGUCAUCCCUGCGUGAUCUUUACUGAUCAUCUGUGGAUAAGUAUGUGACAAGUCACAUACUUGGUCACAUACUUAGUGACAUACAAGUCACGACGUGCAUGCGCAUAUCAAACAUCUAAUUCGGUGACUCGUCGCUAAUAUCGACAAAAAUUAUUUUAAAAAUGAAAACUAUUGCCAUUAGCUUCUUUAUCUUUAUUGCAAAUUUUAAGCACUAAAACAUUUUAAACAUAGACUUGAUAAUAUAUGUUUAUAGGUCUAUGAUUUUAAAGAUGUUAAAUUUUAUAAUUUCUACACUUAUUUCAAUAAUAGAUCAUUUUAUCAUAGAAAAUAUUUAAAAUGUAGUCGUUUAAUUAUUUUUCGCUUGUUCAAAAUUGUGUCGGAAUUAUAACUCAAGAAUUGCACGUUCUUUCAAAUUUUUGUUCAAAAAUUAAAAUAUCGACCACAGAAAAAAGAUUAUCGACGUUUAAAUUUUUCUAACUCUACCCUGUAUUUGUGAUGUUUUUUAUUCUCCCUAUAAAUUAUAUGAUUAAUCAUAUAAUCUGUGAUAUCACGGUAAUAUUAACCGCCAUUUUAAGGUUAUACUUUUGUUUUUUGAUUACGUGAUAAACAAAAACCCGCAAAAACGAAACUGAUGAUCCACUAAAGAACAUUCCGUCAUCUUGUAACUUGGAAAAUUAUAUCAUAGAAAACAAUUUAUUAAGUUUAAAUUAAUUGUUAAUACGAUCAUCCAACAAAAUCAAUUUUCUUAAGUUUUGCUUUUUUUUUUUUAAAUAAUUAUGUAUAAGAGGAAGUUUACAAAACCGAAAAUUAAUACAAAUGAAAAUGAUUCAUCACCAUAUCCAAAAUCGUCUACAAAUUCUACGCACAGUGCUUCUUUUAGCUUUGAUACUCCAAGUAUGUCUUUAAUGUCUCAGAAAAAUGUUUUAAGUGAUGAAGAAUCACCAGAGUCACCCUCAAUGCUUGAAGACUUAACUGAUUUGCCAAAUGAGAAAAAAAGAAAAACUAUGACAGAUAAUGAGGACAAUACAAUAAAUGGAUCUCAGGCCUUAUUUGAUGAAAAUAACGAUCCCCAUGCUUAUUUAAAACAAACAUUGUUUAGUUGUGGCUUACAUUUGAAGUGUGAUCAAAACAUACUAAGUAAGCUAAUCAACUAUAUUCAUAUUCAUUGAAUAUUAAACAAUUUUUAAAAUGCACCUAUUUAUGUUUUAGGUGUAGAAGAGUAUAUAUUCUUGCAGAAACUUAAAUCUAAAUUAUCUAAUGAUUCUGAAGAAAUUGGUAUAACUGAUGUUGUAAAUAAAUUUUUUAAAGAAUUUGAAGCAUACCACAAUGAUAAAAUAACACUUUAUGUUGUUCUUUCACCAUGUAAAGUAAGCCAUUAAAAAUUAUAAAUUUCUUUUUUUUUCUUUUUAUGAUAAUAGUUAAAAAAUCAAUAUUUAGGCCAUUCCAGAAAAAAAACUUAAGCAACAAAAAGAUUCUCUAGCUCGUCUUCUACUUCAAGUUCCUCAACUUCAAUCAAACUUGAUAGAUUUUUUGUUUGAUAAAAUGGCAGAAAUAAGCUUAGAAGAUUUUACGUAAUUUACACUAUUAUAUUAUUUUAUGGCCAUUGACUAAACGUUUCAUUUGAAUAAUGUGUUAUUUUAGAGAAGAUUCAAUUUUGUCCAUACAUAAGUGGGUACGGCUAUUGCUUAAACCAUUUAAACAACUAUAUAGCAUUAUGGAUUUGAAAAAAGUUUGCAAUAAAUUAUUUGAUAAUUUAAAUGUAAUGCCUGAUAUUGACAUCAAAAGGGAAUUAGUUAUGACAAUUCCAGAUAUAGUUCUUGAUAACAUUGAUCAUGAUGCACAUGAUGAGUUAUGGUAGACAAUAUAAUUAAUAAAGAUUAUUAAUUUGAUAACUAUUUAAUGUAUAAUUUUCACAUUUUUAGCAAACUUCUUAGAAAUGAUAAAGAUUUAAUGGCAUGUAUUUUGGAAACUAUUGGUCAACUAAACAUCAGUAAAACUGAACUAGCAUUCAUUCAAAUGGAUCUAAUACCAAUGAUUCAUCAUACUCCACUAGAUGUGCUCCCAGCAUUAGUUAGAUUUUUAAUUAAUGUUGAUGAUCGUACCGUAGCUGAAAAGGUUAAUUUUAAUUGUUAGUGUUUUGGUCCAUAAAAUAUUUCAAUUGCGCUUAUUAAUAGAUUGUGAAUGGAUUAAGAUCAGAACUUCCAUUUUCAACUUCAGAUAGUAUUUCUCAAAUGUUAACCAAUGAUAAUAUGCAAAGUUUACAACUAGUUAUCUUUAGUUGUAUAUAUGAUAAGUUUUUAUCCAGCAAAUUGUUAUUGGAUGUUUGGAUAAAAAUAAUUAGUCAAGUACAAUCUCAUGCAGGGCACAAGUAAAUAUAUAUAAGUUAAACAACACUAACUCAUUGACUCAUCAUUGUAUUUCAAGAAUGACUGGGUCUGUACUCCAUUCAGAAUAAGAAUAUAUCCAGGCGGAAGUCUAAAAACAAUUUGACAACCAUGCUGCCUGUCCUGCCUAUGUUCUUAUUCUGAAUAGAAUAUAGAAAAUUGAAAUUAUCAAAGAAAUUCCUUAUAUAAUGUAAAAAGAUAGUCAAAAGGGUUUUUUUGGAAAUUUGAUCUCCAAAGAGUGGUUGAAAUUUUGGUUUUAUAAUUUGAAAAUUAUAUUUUUAAUUUUUUUUUUACAUUAUUUUGGUGACAUUGCUAAAAAAUUGUAUUUUUACAUAAUGAGAUGUUAUGAACCCUGAUUUUUAAGGUUGAACCGAACCAAACCAAACUUUCUUUAAAGUUAAUAAAACCGAACUGAACCUACACAUUUUUAUUCAAACCCAAACUGAACCGAACUUUUAAAAUAUUUUAUCGAAUUCGAACAUUAAAAAAGUUAGGUUAGGUUAAAAACCUAGGUUCUCAAUCUGCUUGGCUCCGUGAUUUACCGUUAUGAGAUCCACUAAUUCGAAAAAAUAAAAUUUUUCUUUGUAACAUCUCUGGCCCACCACAGAACAUUGUAUUAGUGACCACAUAAAAUCAGCAUCGAAUGAUUUUCGAAAAAAACUUUAGGGUAUUUGGUUUGGUUUGAUUAUUUGCCAUUUUCAGUUCAAGUUCAGCACGGAAAUCUAACAGUUUGUCACAUCUCUAAUUUAUAUACAUUUAGUUGUUACAGACAAUGCCGAGAUAUCAAGUUAAUAUAAUUUAAAACACAUACUGAAUUUUGUUAUCAAUUUUCUUGCUAUAUGAAUAUUUAAACAAGAUAGAGUUAUUAUUCAUUGAUUUGGUGUAAUUAUUUAUAAUUUUAAAAAAAUAAUUUUAUUAAAUCCAAAAUAAUAAAAACGUAGGUUGAAGUGCCUACCAUAAAUGUGAUCUCUGCAUUCCUAUAUUUUAUUUUUAUUUAUUUAAAUAUAUUUUAGACCAUUAGAUGUUGUUAUCCUGUUUUUGACUUAUUCAGCAGCUUCACAUGAUAUUUCAACCAAAAAUACAAUAUUGUCAGUUUUUAAAGAACGUUUAAAGAAUGGAUUUUUUCGCUAUGAAAUUAUGGAGAAGACUUUCCAAAUAUUUACUCCGGUUAAUUAGUUCAGUAUUGGAUUAACAAAUAUUCAAAUUUGUCUAAAUAUUGAUUAUAUUUUCAGGUAUUUAAACAAUAUUUUGAAAUGUUUAUUGAUUUAUUUUCUAAUCUUUUAAAAGCUACAGACCAUGUUUCUAUUGAAGUCGUAACUAGCAUGAUAGUGUAAGUAUUUUGUAUAAUACCUAACAAAAUAAUUGCUUUUUCUUAAUUAAUAUUUUCAUUUUUAGUAAUUGUUUUAUUAAUAUUGAUCAAUGUUGGUGUAAAUGGAUGGUGGACGAACUUCUUGUUCUGUUGGGUACAGGUAAUAAGUUGACGGUUGAAAAUGUAUUAAAUAUAUUAACUGAUUUGGCUGAAAAAAGGAUCGAUAAAAUUCAACCACUAGCUACUCGUUUAAUGGUAUGUAGUAUUUACAUUGAUAAAUUACCUAGUUUGAAUGCAAUUUAAAUCCUGUUGUUUAUUUAUUUUUAGUCUGUUUUUAUGAAUAAAAUUUAUGAUUUUUCUACUAAAGAUAUAGCUCAAGUUUUAGAUAUGUUAUGUAAAAUUGCCUAUUCAGAAGGCCCAGAUGGUAUUAAUAACUGUUCUGUAUUUCAAGAUGAGAUUAAUAUAUUUGUACAAAAAGAACUUUGUGCCCUUGAUAUUAUGUAAAUACAUUUUAUUUUAACUAACUUAGUUACCAUGACUUCUGGAAAUAUAUAAAAUCGGGGAAUUUGAAUUUGAAACUUCAAUAUUUAUUUUCAUAAAUUAUCAAUUAUCUAAAAUGCAAAAAUUAUCAUAUAUUAUUAUUAUUAUUAUUAUUAUUCUCAUAAUUUUUAUUUUAUUUGUUAUUUAAUACUAUAAAUUCUGUCCAUUUUUAAAACACUCAUGUAUUAUUACGUUUAUUAAUUUUUCUAUUAACAAUAGUAUUAAAUUUAAAAAAAAAUUUAACAAAUAUAUUUUUAAUUCCUAUUAUUUUUUUACUCUGGUAAAUUGAAAAAAAUAUCCUGGAAUCACAAAAAUUCAAAAUAGAAUUUCAUAUGGUAGCCAUGAUUAUAUAAAACAUAAUAAAAAAUACUAAUAAUAAAUAUGUAUUUUUUUAAUUUGGUAUUAUAGAUCUCAAAGAGUUGGAAUUAUUGGUGCAAUUAUGUUAACCAAACAUAUAGUCCUAGUUUCUUCUGACCAGGAAUCUAUACCAAUUGAUAAAUCAAAUGAAGAUAAUAUUGUGCUCAGUAAAAAGGCAAAGGAAGCUUACUCCCUUAUUGGUAAUUAUUUAUAAUUUUGUCCCUCUUUUGGACUUUAAUACAGAUUUUAUGUUAUAGAAUUAUUAGUAACUAGGACUCAAUCAGAUACAGACUCUCAGAUUUUGUUUUUUGACCAAUUUGCCCUUAUGCUCUUCCACGGCCUUUCCUUUGAUAAUACAUUCAUGGUAAUUUUAUUAGUGCAUUAAUUAAUUCCAAGUAUUUUAGUCUUAAAUAGUUUAUAGUGUACUUUGGAUAUUUUUUAGUUUGCUGUAUCUUCAGUUAUGAAAAAAAACUUUCAAUAUAGUUUUUUGAUAGCAGCUAAUGAUUUUAAAAAUGGGUAACUAUUAAUAUGUAGUUAUAAUUAUGUAACCUUAUUAUAUUAUAAAGUAUAUAAUAGAGUUGUGCUGGGUUUCAAAUUUUCCACAGUACCAAGUAAUAUCUGAUUUUAGAUUCUGAAUGGAGCAAAGAAGCUUAUGGUUUUAAAAGAUUUUUUUUUUUUUAUCUGUUAACAACUCUUCUACCAGAAGAAUAUCCCGGAUUUUUAAUUGUAGCACCUUUUCUGAAAGGAAAUCGAUGUGGAGAGGAACUUUAGGGAGGUCAUUUUUCAAUUUUCUUAAGUUUUCUCAUCAAAUUUAAAAAACCGCAAAAUGUAUGAAAUAUAUUAAAUAAAUAUAUAAAUAAAAAAAAUAAAUAAAUGAAUGAAUCGUCUAGAGUAUUAUAUGACCAAUUUCAAAUUAAAAGUUCAUCAUCAGGUACAUCAUAGUCAAAUUGUAAAAACGCAACUCACGAUUGAUUAAUUCAUUUAUUUUAUUUUUCUUCUUCUUCAUUGGCAUCACAAUUCUUCAAGAGUUUUUCCGCCACUGACACCUCCUUACACUCUUCUCUAUUUUGUACCUUUUCUGCCCGAUUCGGUAUCUCUAGUUUCUGUAAGUCCUGCUUUAUUCCAUCUAUCCAUUGUUUCUUUGGACGUCCUCUUGGUUUCUUCCCUAUGGGUUUCCACUUAACCGCCGCUUUAAAAUACUCUGAGUUGGGCCUUCUCAUCAUGUCCCCAAACCAUUUCAUUGUUUGUGCUUUUAUAAAAUUGAUUAUCUUUGGAACCCCUGUUAAAUCUCAAAUGCCUUUAUUCCUUCUUUAGUGCCAGCAUACUAGUUUGUUGUCAUAUACUGGGCCGCAGAUGUUUCUCAGUAUUUUGUUUUUUUUUCUUAAGAGUUUUUUCAGAAAAUGUAAAAAACCGGGAAAAACUUAUGAAAAUCGGUUCAGUAAAAAAUAUUAUUAAAUAUAGUAUUAUAAUAUAUAAUCCCUAUUUAAUUAUUUUACCAUAAUAUGAGAUAUAUAGUGUUAACAAAGCAUCAUUAUCAACAGGACUUCGCUCAGAAUAUAGUUUUUUUGUUAGCAAUGGUUAAUUGUUGCUAACAGAUGUACAUUAAAUUACCUAUAGCAGUGGCUGCACCCGUCACCAUUAUCCUAUGAUGUCCUCUUUUUUUUAUUAAAAGAUAAAUUAGCACGUUGAACAAAUCGUAUUUGCUAUCCCUGAAUUUUUUAAUGUGUAAAAUAAUUAUAGGGUAUUAAAUUAUUGCGUACAUUAUUAUUAAUGAAAAUGUAGAUAAUUUUUCAUUAAAAAUUUGCUAUAUUAUGUCUUAUAAAUAGAAUAUUUUUUAAGUUAAGUCAAUUUUCUUUUUAUAAUAAUCCAGCUCUUUUACUAUAUAUGCUACUUAACAGCAUUGAUGAUGUCAAGAGUUUCUAUAGGUUUGGAUAAAGUAAUGCGCAAUUUUUUUUUUUAACUGGCUUAAUACUCAUGAUAACUCUAUUAUAUACAGUGUUUAAAUUAUAAAAGUUCAAAUAAGAUAGUAGAGAUUGUUAUUUUCUUUUGUAAACUUGUUUAAAUAACUAUAAUCAUUUUUUCAAAUAUAGGAAUUUUUUAGUAGAUUGCUCUUUAGCAUUUUGUCUAGAUAAAGAGCUUGAUGAGAUUAUUGCUCUCAAUUUAUGUCCUAAAGUCAUUGACGAAGUAAAAAAAAUUGAUAAUGCUUUAAUGGGAUUACAAAGCUGCACUUCAAAUGCUUUAAUGUCAAUGUUUCGUUUGGUUAGAGGCUUAGAGCGUGAAGAUUUGAGUGAAAUUGAUGCAUUAUUAGGAUGUCCACUUGUAAUGCCUACCCGUAAAACAAUAGAAGAAUUUGAAAUGUUAUCUCCAGAACAACAAAUUGUAGUUGUUAAUACACUUUUUCAUGCUGUAAAUUGGUUUCGCGAAGUUAUUAAUUGUUUUUCAUACUUGAUUAAACAAAAAAAUGGAAGCAAAGUAAAUGAAUUGUCAUUAUUUAAAAAAAUAUUGGGUCUAUAGUAUAUUUAAUUGUUUUAACAGGUUUUAAUUAGAUUAAGAACAAUUGUGUAUUUGAUUAAAGAAAUAAAAAAGUGUUUGUCAGUAAUGUAUGAACCAGAAUAUAUCCCACCAUCUUGUUAUUAUGGGUUGAAUGUAGAUAAACCAAUUUUUAAUAAAAUUAAAAAGUAACUAUACAAUUAAGUAUAUAAUGUUUUUUCAUAAUGUAACUAUAAAAAUAUAUUUUAUUUUAUUUAGAAAACCAGUAAAAGCAAAGCAAAAAUCUCAUAAGAAGAGUAAAAAAAUUGUAAAAGAAAAAAAAAAUAAAUCGCAGGAAUUUAUGAUGGAUGAAUCUAUAGUAGAUGAUAGCAAUGAUAUAAAUGUUGAAAAUGAAGUAGAUAUCAGUAUUUAUCAUGACUAUUUCCGUGAGCUUGAUAUUGAUACUUGGCUAAUACUAACUCAGAAAUUUGUUGUUAAUCCUACCCCUGAAAAUGUUAGUUAUAUUAGAUUUAACUAUAUUAUUUACAAUUGGUAUUAUUGAAUUCAAUUUAUUUUUAGAAUGAAGAAUUUACACCAGAAUUAGGACCUUCUGAGUUACGUUAUUUAUUGGAAGACGUGUUACAAAAGUUGGAACAUGUUGUUUUUAAAAAUAAAAAGAUCAGUCCUUUAAGUAAAACUAAAUACAAAGAUACUGUUGGGUUUAAUAGUGUUUCAUUAAUACCUACUAAAACAUUAAUAAGAAAUUUCAUCAAACUUUUUCCUUACUUAUUUUCUGAUUUAGAAACUCUGUCAGCAUUCUUUAAGGUAGCUAUUGUUACACAAUACGUAUUGACAUUGAUAAUUAUAACUGUAUACUUUUUUAUUUAUUUAUUUGAUUUUAUUUUUUUGAAGAAUUUAUUAAUGGUAAAUGACAACAUACUGGAUUCUCCUGGAAUGUUUAUGAAAGAUGCCAUUGACAUGAAACAUUGUGUUGGAUUAAUUUUUAAAUGUAUUGUUGUAUUAUUGCAAUGGAAAGAUUUCCAAUCUUCAGACACAGAUGAACUUUUUAUACGUUAGAUAAAUUUGUAUUUUUACCAAUAAAUUAUCAUACCACAAUAUAAUAUUUCAAUAAUUAUAUACAUUUGAUUUAUUAUUACCUUUUAUUAUAUUAGAUGCUUUGAAGAAAAUGAUUAAUAAAACAGAUUUGAGUAGUCAGAGUACACAAUUUAAACAUCAGAUGUGUAAAAAGGGAUUAAUUUUAGAAAAAAUAAAGUAUUUAAAUGAAUUUCAACACAUUGUGCUUCAUUUAGAUGCUGCUGUUAACUUAGUCACCAUUAUUCAAAUUUUAAAAAAUUUUGCUGUAGAGCCAGAAAAUGAUAUUAUUUUAAGUAAUUAAUAAGAUGUAUAACUAUGAAUUAUAUAUAUAAUUAACUAUAUAAUAUUUUUAUUUUUCUAUAUAAUCAUUUUUUUUUUUCAGAUGAACUAUGUUGGAAUUUCUUAACACGACAAUGGUAUUUAUUUAACGGCUUAGAAGAAAGUGGUCCAAAAUACAAUGAAAAUAUUCAAUUUUUACUUGAAAUCUAUUUACAAUGUCAAAAUGAUCAAUUAAACAAAUUAGUGGAAAUUGUUGAUUGGUUAGAAGAAGAAACUUUAGCAGUAGUGUUAAAGACUGACAGACUAAAAACCUUACCAACAAUUAACAAGUAAUUUGGGAGUUAAUUAAAAUUGUUAUAUUGUUAUUUUAAAUUACUAUACAUUCAUUUAGAAUGAAUUUCAAGUGUUUAAUCAAAGUUAUACUAAACUCUUUAUUGAGUUCUGUGAAAAAUAGUUUGAAAUCUAGUGAAAGUGAAUUUGAUCGUCUAACUGUGUGGCAUUCAGCUAUUUAUGUGAUGGAAAAAAUUGUUCAAACUAUAAAAAAACAAGAUUCACGUUUUAAUCUUCUAAUAUUUGUUAAAGUAAUAAUUAAAAUAAAACCAAUAUUGUUUGUAAUUUAUUAUAAAAUAUAAUUUUAAUUUACAGGGUUCUAUAUUAUUGUUAAAAUUAUUCUUGGCUGAAGGAAUGAUUGUGUGUCAAAAUUUAAUUAAACUUCGUACAAAAGAAGUGUCAAAAGUUUUGAAAAACCUUCAAGUUAUUACAAGAUAUAUACAAAAUAUUUGUAAUUACACUAAAGUAAGUUAUUUUGUUACAAAAAGUUAAUAAUAUAUAUUUUUGUAAAUUAAUACAAACAUCACAUUUAAGGUGGUUAAAGAUAAUGCACUGAGUAAUUGUUUACCAAAUAUAAGGGGUAUACUAGAAACCUUAAUAUUAAAAGUAAAAAAUUUAAUUGUCGUUAAUGGUUGUACUGAUGCAUUAUUUAUGGGCAUUAUGAAAAACAUAGAUAUUAAAGGAGAAGAAAUUUUAUCACAAGUAAUUGUUUAACUAUCAAAUGUAUAAGAAUAUAUAUGAUAUAUUUAUGAUUAUUUUUAUUUUUAGAAUGAUAGUGAUGACGAUGAAGAAGAUGAAGAUGAUAAUAUAAGUGAAGACAAAGACGAAGCAGACAAUUUAAUUAAACUUUUGGGCGAUGAUAAAACUCAAAACGAGGUUGAGGAAGAAGAUUCUGACAACUCUUCUAUAUUAUAAUUUAUUUAUGUGAAGUUCAUUUUUUUAUAUAUGAAACUAUAAACUUAUUUAUAUUUAUUUACUGCAUUUAAUUGCUCAAUAAUUCAGUUCAGUAUUUAUUCUAAAAAUGUCUUGUAAAACAUCUAAACAAAUAUUAGUAAGUGCUUAAUUUGUAAUAUAAUCAUUUCAUUGUGUUGUUAUUGGUCCAUUUUUCCUUUAAGAAAAAUUCUUUGUAG